CAUUUAUUUCAGGAGCAUUCAAGUAGGUUCUUAUCGGGUUAGUUGUUUUUGGUGGCAAUGAACGCGAUUAGCAAGCAACUGUUUUAUGAAAAAGUGUCCAGCGGAGUGAAAUGUCGAAAUAUCCAUUCUUGGAACCAAAAUUGCACCAAGAGCCAAAUCUGGUUUGUGUCCACGGUUUUUGUGGGGAGUCUGAAGUUUUUUUUGCCAAUUUAUAUCGUCAAAGCUAUAAUAAAUAGCAGAAGGUUCAAAGAGAAGAAUUUUUGGCUGCAGCUCGUCCUAGGCCAAAUUAGAUCCAGCAUCUAUGGGACUUUGAUGGGAAGCUUGUUUUUAGCCGGCAACUGUUUACUAUGCAAUCUGACUGGGAGGCUCCACUACUACAACGUCUCGAUCGUGGCUGGCAUGUUUUCUGGACUGUCCCUGCUAGUGGAAACCAAAGAAAACCAAACGCUGGACACUUUGAUUUUUUUUAAUCUGCUGGUUGAGGCGUUUUUCCGAAAUUUUGUAAAUUUCAAUUUGCCUAUCUUAACAACUGGACAAGAAACUCUGCUCUUUAUGGCCGUCAGCAGUUUGCUGAUGUUCCUCCUGCAGAGCGACCAAACGAAAAAAAAAUUAACUAAUUUUUGGUUUUAUACGCCACCUAAAUUCUCAAGAAAAGAAAACCUGGACCACAAUUGUGUGCAUGAAGGCUUCUGUGCAGACUUCGCCCUCCAAGGCAUUCAGAAAUAUUUCCUUUUGGGGUACGGGUUUGGCGUCGUGAGGAAACUCAUCCCCUCUAUGCUAAGGGUGAUUCGAAAUCCCCUGGCUCUGCUUCCCAUUGCGUUCAACAAAGACAAUGUAAAAUUUGGGGCGUUUAUUAGCGCCUAUGUGGGAGUGCACAGGUAUUUUACCUGUCUGCUGCUCAAAAGCAACGGUGUGGAUCAGAAAUACUUCGGCGCCUUAGCUGGGCUUUUAGCUGGCGCUACUUACUCAAUCAGUCCAAACUUGCAAGUUUUAACAGUGGGGAUUACAACAGUUCUUCAGAUUCUUUACCACCGGCUGUUGAAGAAGUUGCAAGUGAAAAACCGGCUACUUCCUCAGCAGCUCGUCUACAUGCUGUCCCACUGUCUACUCCUGCACAAUGUCAUGAUGUGCAAAGAAACCUGCCCAACAUACUACGUGAAUAUGCUAAAUAAUGCCACAAAUAAUCUGUUUCCACAGGUCUACGACGAAGUCAUCGGCAAAUAUUUCCCAAGCUGAAACAGCGCGGCUGAUAAUUAAAAUCAAUAUAUGCGUUUUAUUGA